UGCGCGCGCUCACUCGCUCCCCAGCUGCGGCGCGUCAGAUUUCACUUCCUGUUUCGCAGGUAUCGAGACACACCUGCGGUGAGAGCAGGACGUCAUAGGCGCUUUACCUGAAACCGAUAAAAAAAGUUUUUGUUUUCUUUUUUUUUGUUGUUCUUGUUGGUGUCAUUCCAGUUCACAGGAGUCGCUUCUUUUGGUACUACAGGAGUGAAGAAGUCCUUCAGCUGCCUGAUGAAGAUGAUGCCCCCCUAUCGGACCUGUGUGCUGAUCCUGACAGCGUCGCUCCUGCAGACUCUUAUCCUGGCUCAGAGCUCAGGGGAAGACUGUAUGAAAAAGUUUACAGCCGGAAAAGAAGACUUUGUUGUAGACACGGAUGAGUCGGUGAAAGAUGGCGCUGCGUUCCUCGGAUCUCCUUCAGUCACCGGAGCUAAAGAGUGUGUGACUGCGUGCUGCCAAGAGCCCGAGUGUAACCUGGCCCUAAUGGAGAACGGAGCUCAGGAGGGGAGCAUCAAGUCCUGCUUCCUCUUCAACUGUCUGUACAAGCAGAAGAAAGUCUGUCGCUUUGUCCGAAAGAAGGGUUUCAGCAACCAUGUCCUCACCUCGGUUUUUGGCAGCUACCUGGAGCAGUAUAAUCCCGAAAACAAGGAUCACCCGCCUAGAGCCUUGGGAGGACAGGACAGAGUUUUGCAGCCUCAUGACACUGUGAUUCUAAGUGGCGUUGAGAGCAAGGAUGACCAUAAAAUCGUUAAGUUCCAGUGGGUGCAGGUGUCUGGAAGCCCUACAGCUGUCAUGGAGAAAACCACGUUUGAAGAUGAAGUAAGAGUGUCCAACCUGUCUCCUGGAGUGUACAAGUUUAAGCUUACUGUCACAGAUACCGGGGACCAGUCUGACUCAACAGUGGUCACUGUCUUGGUUCUCACACCUGAGCAAACACAACACCAUUGUAUGGUGCCUAAAAAGAUAGGACCAUGCCGUGGUUCCUUCCCUCGCUGGCACUACAACGUGUUGACAAAGCAGUGUCAGAGUUUUACAUUUGGUGGAUGCAGUCCAAACCGCAAUAACUAUCUAUCUGAGAAGGAAUGCAUACAAGCCUGUGAUCAAGUUACAGUGAAUAGCACAUCAUCAAGAAGAUCUGGUCAUGCUGAUCUUCCGGAUGAGCAGUGUGGUGUGCCAUGUGGACCAGAGAAGUUUAUGUGUAGUAAUGGGUGUUGCAUAGAUAAAGAACUCCAAUGUGAUAAUACUCCCCAGUGCAACGAUGGUUCAGACGAAAAGCGGUGUGAUAACUUGGACACCGACUUUCGCCGACUGCUUGACUUGGAUAAAGAGGAGGACAAAGGUUCAGUUAUGCAUUGCACACUACCUCCUGUCACCGGACCCUGCCGGCACAGCACUACCAAGUGGUACUACAACCCAUAUGAUCAAAAAUGCAGUCGCUUCAACUAUGGUGGCUGCCAGGGCAACGAAAACCAGUAUGAUUCUGAAGAGGAGUGCAUGAGAAAAUGCAGUAAAGUGACUGCGAAAGAUGCUUACGCCAAUCGGUCAACCUUUGAGAAGCAGGAACAAGACAGUCAGUCAGUUUCCAUUGCAAUUGCUGUUGCACUGGGCUUGGCCAUCCUGAUCCUGCUAGCUGUGCUUGGUUACUGCCUGUUGAAGGAGAAGAGACAGAAGCGGACAAGGCACCAUCCUGUUUCUGCUAACGGUACAAACAUGUUUCCUCAAGAGGACACAGAGAAACUUGUCUACAACAGCACCACCAAACCCAUCUGAUUCCCAUCUUCCAACACAGUAUGCUUUUCUUCCUGUAAUACAAACAAAUCGGCUCGGUAAUGAUUAGCUCAUGAUGGAGGUAUCAUGUAAUUCACAUUUAUAGUUCCCUAAAGAUGGAAAUUCUUGUAUAUAGAACCACAGUGAAAAGAUUUUCUGGUAGACCUCUUUGUAGGAAUUGUGCUCAUGACCUGGAAGAGGCAACUGCCUACAUAAGCAUGCAAUGUCAUAUUGAAGUAAGUUGUGUGUGUGUGUGUUUUUUUUUUUUAUAUAUUAUUAUAAGAAUAUAAGAAUAUAUAUAUUUUAAAUAAGAAUUAUUCUUAAGAAUGGUUGCUUAAAUUACCAAUUAUGUAGUUAUAUUGUACAUGAACAUGAAAAAUCUAAAUCCUAGAUAAUAUUAGAUAACUUCCACUGCCAUGUGCGUCUAUUAAAUAAAAUAGAAAUGUGUCAGAAUAAGAAGUUUCUCGAUCCCAUCAAAUUUCUUUUCUUAUAUGAUGAUAAAAAUCUUGGGGUCCCCUAACACUGGAAUUAAGAAUCACUGAUCUACAAGGUUACUGUAAAUGCAAUGUUUAGUGUUGUCCCUGUCCUAACACGACAGGUUUGUAGGAAUAAGACAAAGGACACUCCUCUGAACUUGUACACCAAGUGGAUGCUUUUAAACGACUUAUUGAGCUAAGAUUUUUUUUUUAAGUGAAUUUUUAAUUCCGCUUGGUUUGAACAAGGGGUGUGUCUUGAGGAGGGACGGUAAUUAUUACAAUCUAAAAUAUUCAUUUAUUUUUUCUUUUUGCUAUCUAUUUACAAAAAAAAUUUACUGUUAUUAAAAAUACCGUUGUUUUGAUUUAUUAUAGAGGGUGAUGCGAAAGUCUCAAUAUAAAGGAAAUGAAACAAGCAAAUUGUUAGUUUUAAAGCCUACUGAAAUUAUUUUUUUUUAAUUAUAAAAUUUUAUAUAAAAAUUCCUGUGGAUCUAGACUUUCGUGACACCCUUUAUGUACUGCAUUAUAUUGUUUUAUAAACAAAAUGUCCAUACUCAGGGUUUAAUGUUAUCAUUUAAAUGUUCAUAUCGCCUUGGACAUGAUACUGUAAUUUGCCUGUCCGCCCUUGACUUAAACUAUUUUCACUGUGUAUUUGAGAAGGACACAGUUUAAACAUGCAGUUGUUUAAACAUCUGGUAACAUUUUAUUAUAUAUUAUUUGCGUUUUAGGUUUAGUUGUUCAUAGUGACCUAUACAUGCAGUACUGUGCAAAAGUCUUAAACCACCACUCGUUUCUUCUUCCUAAAUGUUCUUUACAGUUUUUUUGGCUCUCAUUUUCAGUCCAGUCUCUGUACCUGACCAGUUUCCGAGGAAUGUGUUUUUUGGUUUGUUAAGCCACACAGUGACCGAUUAGUCAUUUAAGCAUAAAAAAAAAUCUAAAUUAAGACAUGAAUUGGUAAGAAACAGGUGCAGAUGUUAACGGACACUCAGGAUGGGGAUUGGUAUAUACUAGUGAUGCUGCCAAUGCUGUGUGGUCGGAACAGACGAGAGGGGAAAUAAGGUUGCUGCUGAGGCUGUUACAAUUUAAAAAUU